AUGCCUCAGAACCGCAGCCAAGGGAUGAUGCGAGCGAUGUGUGUGUCGGGGGAUCGGUCAGUAGAGCCGGUCGCUGGCGGGCGCUGCAGUAAGCAAGUCCUUCGGGCCCUGGAGGGGCCUACUGGCAAUGAGCGGGAAGGGUGGCGUCCAAGUCAGGCCUUGACAUGCAUUAGGUCGGAGGGGCUUGAGCGCGGUGUGUGGAUGUUGGACUCUGGCUCCAUAACUCGGAAGGAGGCUGAGAGGCCGAGUAACGGUCUCGAGGAAGCUGACCGAGAAUUAAGCAUGGAGUUGCGUGAGGAGCUUGUGUGUGAGUUUCAUGGUGAAAGUGAUGGGCGGAGCGAUAAGCCUGAAGAGGCGGAGAGUGCCUCUGAGGAGGGCGGUGACAGUCAUCGCCAGGAUGCCCGCUGGGCUGCGUCGUAUGAGCGUGUGCUUGAUCGUGAAGAGUUGAGAUGCGUUGGAGGUGAGUCGCUUGGAGAAGUCUAUGCGACAAGGACCCAGCAGGAGAUCAUGGAUUUUGAAAGUUGGCUUGAUGAGCGGCAGCUGAGGCUGGCGAGCAUGCAUGAGGAAGAGCUGCAACAAUGGAUAGAUGAUAUGCCUCCUGCUUCGGAGGCGGCUCAAUUGAAGCGGCUAGAAAUCAACAAGUUGUGGGAGGACGUUGAAGACUUGCGCUUGGAGUUGACGCAGUUGUGCUUGAAGCAAAUAACUGAAGACUCACAAGCAUUAGCUGAGGCCCAAGCCAUGCCUGCUGAUGUUCAUGAACAGGUAGUGCUUCAGACGCGGAUAGUUGCAAACAUGCAGGUGAUGGCAAACUGGGAGCUCUGGAAACCUGCCGUUGAGGCAGAACUUGGAAGCCUGAUACAGGACAAGCAGGCGAUCUAUGAGACAACUCAGAAGGAGUUGGACAAGCUGCAGGCGCAGGGCUACAAGGUUUUGUUGAUCCCAAGUAAAGCCAUUUUUACCAUAAAAGCCCCGGGGGGCAAGUAUAAGUGUAGAUUAGUAGCCUGCGGAAACUACCUUAGCAGUAGCGAGGGCAGCAAACUGGAACAUAGGCAGACUGUCUACACCCCCAGCAUAGGGAUAGAUGCCCUACGUACAGCGUUGGCCUUCAGCACGCGAAGGAGGCACACGUUAAUCACAGUAGACAUAAAGGCCGCAUUCCUCAAUGCGCAGCUAUUGCCACGUAAUCGGGGCAGCGCUGAGAAGGUUGCUGCAGAAGCCAGUAAUGCAAUCGAUCAGGUUGAGGUGCCGUCGUCCAGUAGUCAUUUCCAGCAACAGUCACAGCAACAGCAUCAGCGCCAACAGCAGACUCAGAAAGAGAAGACAGAGAGUAUUUUGGCUCAAGACUCGCGGCUCGACGAAGUGACCGAUGAAGUGGUGGCCCUAGUACCUCCACGUGUCCUCGUUACACAGGGAGUUUUCAGCUCCCAGGCGCGGCUCAUCAUUAAAAAGGCUCUCUAUGGGCUUGAUCAGUCCCCAAGAGAUUGGAGUUUUCAGCGUGAUCAAGCAUUGCGGAAGAUCAUCAUCAGGCAUAAAGGCACAGAGUACCGUUUGUAUCAAUCGUUAGCUGAAGACAGUCUUUGGCUACUCAGUAGCGAAAAACCGCUCAGAGGAAUGGAAGCCACGCUGAACAUCUCGCCUGAAACAUCGGCAAUCGCUGGAUGGGUUGCUGUGUAUGUAGAUGACGUCCUGGUAGGAGCUGAGAACAGCUUAGCCUGGGCAGUGAUUUCUGCUAUCCGUGAGCGAUGGGAGUGCUCGGAGCCUCAAGAAGUUGUGAAUGGCUCCCAGGGAAAGGUGAGAUUUUUAGGAAUCGACCUCAGCUGGAAUGACAAUCGUGACUUGGUUUUGUCUCAGGCCUCAUACAUUCGAGAACUGGAGCAACGGUACAAAUCGCAGCUUGAUGGGUUAGGAAAACCAACGACUCCGUUGCCAAAUGCCUUCGACGACGACGCCAGCGAAGAGUCAAGCGACGUUGAAGACGUUAGACGAUGUCAAACCAUAGUGGGAGAAAUGCUUUGGGCAAGUAUCCGAACGAGACCAGACAUUACUUUCUCGGUUUCAAAAUUAGCUGCUGCAAUCACACGAGCUCCUGUAGGAACCUACAGAUCUGCACUUCACACGCUGGCCUAUCUAGUGGCAAGUGCAGAGUGUGUGUUGAUUUAUCCACGUGAUGAGCGAGAAGUGUGGAAGCAGUAUAAGAAGUCCACCGCUAUGGAGGUGCUUCUUGAAGGAUAUGGGGACGCGUCAUUUGCUCCAGAGGCCAAGAGAUCGAUGCAAUGCGUCCAGGUGCACACCGAAGGGGCGCUUACCGGAUGGUCGUGCGCAAGACAGGCUUUCAUGGCUCAAAGUUCUUGUGAAGCGGAAAUGAUAGCUUUGAUGGAGUUAGCUAACUACACCAUCAGUAGCUCUUAUGUAUUUGACGAGUUGCUGCAGCGGCGCUCUCGCAAGGAGUUGCUGGGCGACAAUGUAGCGGCGCUGGCCUUGUACGGUGGUACAAGUGCUAGCUGGAGAACCAGGCAUCUAAAAAUCAGAGCUAAGGCUUUUGCUGAGCGAUACAUGGAGGGUGAUCUUCCGGCAAAUCAUAUAGCCGGGGAAUUCAACCUGGCUGACUCAGGCACCAAAGCCUUGGGGGCAGCACGUCACUGGAAACUGUGUGAUUUGAUGGGAUUGCACAUACCGCGUGGGCAGACUAAGCUGGCGCAUGUGAGCACUGAGCACAAAGUAGAGAAUGCGUCAGAGUCGAAGCGCUACUUGCAAGCGGUGAUAGUGGCAUGCUGUUUGUGUAGUGCAAGUGCCCAACCGACGCCGGCUGCGAACUCAGAGGGAGAUGCCGCGUUGUGGGCGCUAAUCUGUUUGGUGGCAGUAACCUCCAUUGCCUUGUGGGAAGCAGGGAAAGCGUUUGUGCGAUGCUGUCUUAGGUAUGGGGCGCAGAGGCGUCCUGUCAGAGUGUCGGAAGAUGAGAGCGAUGAGAGACUGCCAGAAAGACAGCCCGAUAGUGAAGAUGAGCUUGAAGAGCAAACUCCCCUGCAACUGGCCCUGCAAGAGAUUGAAAGAGAGAGGGAAGGAGUGAGGGAGAGAGAGAGGGAAGAACAGCAGCAGCAGGACUAUGAAGAGGGCUUGCGUAGAAGAGGAGCCAGGAUUUAUGUAGCAGAGCCAGAGUUGGAGCCUCCGCUGCCUGCAUCGCCGGCGAUGAACCCAGGCUUCCAGAUGGCCUUGACAUCCGUGCAGUCACUGGUCGUAGGAGAUCUUUCAUCACCGAAAUGGCACGCCAGUAUGUACUCGACGACAGCUUUCGAGGCGAAGGAGCUCAAAGAUACUUGGAAGCUGAAUGGAGGGGAAGGACUGAGCUCGAAAUCAGUCGAGCCAUCCUUCAAAUGGUGCGUCCUGCGCCAUUGCCAGAAGGCAUGCGAUAAGGGAAGUGAACGUAGCGUAGACUGCACACAACAGGAGCUGAGAUGCCGAGAUGAGUUCUGCAUUAGUCUGUUAAAGGCUGAGGUACUGCGAAUCGCAGUAGGGGGAGCGCGUGUACAGCAGAAGCUCCUUGGCAAAGUAUGUGACUGCAAGUGUUGGUGUGAGCCAGUACAGGAUGCUCAAGCUGAAACGCUAUCCAGCACUUCCAAAAGUUAA